AUGGACCCAGCUAUGCCGGCGACGAAGACGGCCGAACUCGACGACGAUAAACAGGUCAUGAAUGACCUAAUAUCGGACCUAGACGACCUCAUUUUAUCUAGCUCGUCGGAAGUAGACUGGGAUAAAUUUUGGGACGAUUAUGAGAGCCCAUUUGGCGAAGCACCUUCUUCCUCUCCUCCGUCUUCAUCGAAAGAUGUUGAUGGGUCAGAGAAAUAUAGGGUUUAUUUCAAAUCUUUUGUAUCUGAUGGUUUGAUUGAGAGUUGGAACGAAUCAUUGGUGGGUAUUGGCAUUGCGAUUUAUGAUUCGAAUGAUACAUUGAUUUUUGAGUUGGGAAAACCGAUGCCAUACUUUGAUAGAAGUCGUCUUGUGGCUGAUUGUUUAGCUCUUAUUGAAGCCAUGGAUGUUGCUAUUUCAAUGAAUCUUACAAGAGUUGUGUUUUACUUUGAUUGUUUUCCACUCUUUCAGUAUAUUCGGGGUAGAUGGAAACCAAAGCAGAGUAAAGUUGCAGCACUUAUCAAUAAGGUAUCAUUGCUUCGUAAAAAAUUUGAAUUCAUCGAAGAAUUGUUUGUUGCGCGAAAAGAUAUCAAAUACGCGUUUAAACUUGCUCGUGGGGCAGUAGAUUCUAGUAACAACAAACCUUCAGAUUCGAAGAAUGAUAAUUGUGUGAUCUGUUUCGACGAUAAACCAAACACACAGUUUUUCGAGACAAAGAGUUGUUCUCAUCGCUACUGUUUUUCAUGUAUGAAACAACAUGUGGAAGCGAAACUACUACAUGGGGUUUUACCCCAAUGUCCUGAUGAAAAUUGCAAUUCUAAAUUGAAAAUUGAGAGUUGUAAAGUAUUUUUGCCUGAUAAGUUGAUUGAGAUCAUGAGUCAACGAAUAAGAGAAGCUUCAAUUCCUGUGACUGAAAAAGUAUACUGUCCAUUCCCUAAGUGCUCGGCUUUGAUGACCAAGAAGGAGAUUCGGGAGAAUUCGAGAACUACGAUGCGAAUUUGUGGACAAAAUGUAGCAAGGAAAUGUGUUAAAUGUGAGGGUAUUUUCUGUAUCAGUUGUAAGGUUCCUUGGCAUGCAAAUAUAAGCUGUUAUGGGUAUAAAAGAAUCAAUCCCGUUGCUGAAGAUGUACAACUGAAGAUACUUGCGGGAUUUAAAAAUUGGCGACAAUGUACAAAGUGCAAUAAUAUGAUUGAACUUGUUGAUGGCUGCUACCACAUCACUUGCAGAUGUGGUUAUGAAUUUUGCUAUACUUGUGGUGCGGAGUGGAGAGACAAGAGACCAACAUGUGCUUGUCCACUGUGGACUUUGGAAAAUCUUGUACAUGGUGGAAUUUUGGAAUGA